AUGGAUUUCUCUGGUGAUAAUAAAUAUUUAACAGGUAUAAAACUCACUGGAAGAUCUGCUAGAAGACCAACACAAGAUGUUUCUCAAGCAUUUAUGGUAAAUACUGUUAGACUUGAGAAAGCUGAAUUCAAAUAUCCACCUUCAAUCCUUGCAUCACUUCCACAUAUUAUCAGAAAGCCCGAAAACCUAAAAUACAAUUAUGGUAUUCCAGCAACAAGAAAUUUGAUCGAAGAUAUGAUCGAUUUAACUUAUUAUCAACCAGACUGUGAACUUGAUUUCCUUCUACCUGAUGGUUCUGACAAAACAGUUACAGUCAAAUCAUAUACUUCACUUCGUAAUGUCUUAGCAUUAUUUACAAAAGAUUUGCAAUAUGAUGACUUAGAUAAUUUAGUUCUUGUUCGUUCAAUUGGUGAAGGUUUGAUAUUACGUCUUCCAGCCUGCAAUAUGCCAAUUGGGUUAUUCCAUGUCCCCCUUGCAAGAUGGACUUUUGAAUUUAAAUGGGUUCCAAAGUCAAUGAACAUCAAUCCAAUGCUUGCAAAUAUGCUCAAUUUAUACGUCAACCAACGUGCAAAUGAGCCAACUACAAUGCCAAAAGAAACAAUGGAAACAAUUAAAGAUUUUACGUCAAAACUCAUUAAUGUUUCAUCAAAUCCUACAGAACAGAACAAGCAGAAGGUACAGGUAUUCCUUGAUGAUAUGAAUUCAAAUCCAAAAUACGAAUUAAUUAAUUCUCGCUUUGCUAAAACUGGUGAAAUCAAUAUUACGUAUUUCCAGAUUACAAAAGACAUGAAAGUCAAGAUUUGGAAAGGAGUUAACGAACCAGCGGUUUUCGAAUCAAAAGAUCUUGUUAUUAAGAGAACAGAGUCUGCUUUUGCAAUGUUGUUUGGUGAUGAUGCUCAAUACCCACUUCCUAGAGUUUUCUUCCCUCCAUUUUAUGAAUUUGUUAAUUUUGCAAUGUUCCCGAACUGGGAGUCUGUAAAAGCUCGUGAGUUUGAGUUCGAUUCACAACCACGUACAAAGACACCAAUUCCUAGAGUUUUUACUGAUUCUCGCGUUAAUUUCAUUAAACCUGAAAAAUUACAGGAAGUUAUUCAUGAUCAGUUAGAGUUUGGCAAGAAAUUCGUUACAGCCAAAAAUAAAUAA